AAUUUCUGAAGCCCUCUUCAAGCUUGAUAAUUUUGUAAAUAGAAAGCAUCCCACUACAAGGUAAAAAAAAAUGACCUACUACUAUUAUGGCAGAAGAAGCAACUCAAUCUUUGAUGUGUUCACUCUCAAUCCCCUGCCAUACCCAGUUCUUUUAAUCUUAGCAGUCAUAUCAAUCUUUCUCGGCAUAUCCUGGUACUUCAGCUAUGAAGAAAUUGCAGAGACUGCAGAGAUGCAAAUUAAUUGGUUGCUUUUGGCCACACCAUUAGUGUUGCUCUUCCUUGUCCGUUGGUUGUCAUCUAUGGAAAAUUCUGACAUGUUGUUUGCUAAAUCACCGUGGGAAUGGAAACGGCGAACCCACCACCGUCCACCUGAGGGGAGCUCGCCGUGGGGUGUGGCUGCUUUGAUUGUUUUGCUGCUUGUUUUGGUUCAAUUCCAGUCUGCCUUUCUUGAUAGCUGGUUUUGACGCUGUAUAUGCUCAUGAUACAUAACCUGUUUUGGUUCAUAUGAUUUCAAGAACAUGGGUUUUGUUUUGAUACUUUUAGCUGGUUGGGUAUGAUAAUUUUAUCUGAUUUCAUGUAAAAAAGAGGUUAUAGAGAGUUGGUUUUGAUUGUUAUUGUUGAAUAUGUAUUGGAGGAUGAUAUAUUAAGCUGCAUGAUUGGUGUUU